AUGGGGCCGACCGUCGUUGUGAGCUUGUCCUCUCCUAGUACUGCAACCGUGAACUCCGACAGCCCUUGGAAUGUAAGAGACGAAUGUCGCAUAGGCCUACGGUCCUUAGUUCGUAGCAAAUUUUACUGUUAUAGGACGAGAAAUAUCCGAUAUACAGAAACUAAACUUGUUGAAAGACUGGUCGUUGCUAAGCUGAAAAUCAUGGUGAUGGUAAUGAUGUUGGUCAUCAUUACCAUGACGUCUUCUCCUGCCAUGUUUGUAGCUCCGAUGCCAUAUGUUUCGAGAGUAUAUGGCUCGAUGACUUACAUUGGAGAAGCAGUGACGGCAGUUCUCCGAGAAUCUGGCCAGCUCGACUGUUCUCUCUUCUUGCUAAUAGAUGGCACCACUCUGCAGUACAUCAGCGUAUACACGGACUUGAGCUCACUUCUCAGUCCGAUGGCCAUUUUCGAAGUACUUCCCGGAUCGGGGGACAACAGCAGUGACGAGAGCGAACUGGCCGACGCGGUGGCGGAAGUGAGGCAGUUACGUAGGUUAUCGUCGUGUGUUACUCUUUUGGUCCUGAGCGACGACCCCGCCUUCCUGGCCUCCUUCGCCGAGUCGUCGCUCCGGGGCCGCCUCCUGGUGUGGGCCACGAGGCUCCUGGUCGUCACCCGCCUGCCCCUUCAGGAGCUCCGGCGGCUCCUCUCCUCCUCCUGGACCUUCUCCAUGAUGAACGCCAUGGUUCUCAAUCAGGAGGAACAACCACAACAAGAAAUGUAUAGUGUUUACUCCCAUUUACCGUACACUCCCGAUGGCCCUCAGGUCCUGCGCGUCGCCUCCUGGUCUCUCUCUAGAGGGCUGAUCGUGGCCAAGAAAACGAAGCUCUUUCCUGAAAAAUUUACCAAUUUUUACGGAUCAGGAGUCAAUGUGACUGCGCUACCCUACACUCCACAUUGGGUGGAAGACGUGGUCGUGAAUGCGGAUGGAACUUCCACUAAAAUCUACGGUGGAACAGAUUAUUUCCUUCUCAGCACCAUCGCCGAAGCUCUGAAUUUCUCCAUCCAUGUUCUUGAAACAAGCUCUUGGGACGAGGUCGCAACCCGAGUGGAGGAGCGAGUGUCCUUCAUGGCCACGGUCUUCCACAACGUCCUCCCACAGCGACUAGAACGUUACGACUACUCCUACACCUACGAGUACGGUUCGCUGGACUUCUGCGUGGCCAUGCCCGGCCUGCGCCCACAGUGGCAGAGCCUGUACUACCCGCUGUCCGACCUGGUGUGGGCGUGCGUGCUGCUGGUUCUCGCUCUGGUGCUCGCGUCGCUCUAUGGGAAACCCCCAAAAAACUCCAUACCCAAAAUCGACCAAGGCAUCAAGGCGAAUAUGCCAGUUUACCAUAAAACAAACUCAAUUUCUCAGGUGAUCCGCCUGGACUGGGAAAACCAGCGGAAGUCGCCCGCCACCGGAAUCGGACGCGUCGCAGAAACCGUGUUCGGAAUCCUGAUGUGGCAGAGUGUGGUCCUGAGCGCAGCCAGGGACAACGGGAGCCGCGUCCUGGUCAUGGCCUGGAUGAUCUUCGCCUUCAUCGUGGGCACCGCCUACCGGGGCAACCUCACCGCCGCCCUCACGCUGCCCAAGUACCCGCCGCGGGUCGAGACGCUCCUGCAGCUGGUCAACACGUUCGACAGCGUCACAAUGCCUCCCUUCGGCACGGAAUUCAUCAAGUUCUUCAAGCAGUCGGACUCCGGCGUGUAUAAGGCUCUAGCCGAGCGCAUGCACAUCGUCCCGUCGGUUAUGGAGGGACUGCAGCAGGCCCUGGAUAAGAGAGAGGCCCACGUCGCUGGCCGGAGGUACAUGGAACAGAAGAUCGCUAAGUACUUCUCUCUACCUGACGGAGGGGGCAAGCUGUACGUAGGGCGCGAGAGCCUCCUGCCGGGGAUUUCCGCCUGGCCCAUCCCCCACGACGCCCCCUACAGGAGACAGCUGGAUCGCCUUAUGAUGGCUGUCAUCGAGGCCGGACUCUACGAGAAAUGGAGCGAAGACAUGCUGAUACAAGCCCGCAAAGAAAGCCGGGAACGUCUCAAAGAACAGACGAAGGACGGCGAAGGAGGCGACGCAGAAGAGGAACCGAAUGCCAAGAUCAAGGCCCUUACUAUUGUCCACAUGCAAGGGCCUCUCAUGCUCUUGGUGCUCGGUCUUGUAUUGGCUUUCUUGGGGUUCGCGGCGGAGGUGGCAACAGUGGCGCUGGUGUCCCGGAUGUGAGGGGCGGUUCGCGCGCGGGGGUCAGGUGAUGACGUCAUCUGCAGUGGAGUCGGUGGAUACAGGCGUAAAAUAUUUCAUCAGCGUAAAGGCAGGCUUCAUCAUUAUUCAGUCGUACGUAUUUAAGAAGGAAAGCACGAACGCAGGAAGAUAGAAAUAAUAAUUAGUUAAAAAAUAUUUCGAAUU